AAACGCGCGGCGGAGGCGGGGCCGCUGUCACCGCUCAGCCUCGGCGCGUCUCUGCGACCCUUAGAAAUAGAUGUGCGGGCGGCAGGCGCGCACCGCAGGGAGAUGAACCACGCUGCGUGUCCCGGACCCGUUCACUGCUCCUCCGCCGCGGCUCAGCGGCUCGCCCAGCGGGACACCACACGCCGUCCAGGAUCAUGCGGGGUCCUCUCCCCAGUGGCUCGUUCUCGCCUUGUUGGAUCGCAGCUGAGUGAAAGAGAAAGUCCACAUUGGAUCUGAACCUGCGCACUCGCUGGGAACUCCAUGCGUAAAUAACUCCAGCGGAUUUCCUGCCUCCUCUUCUUUCAUCUCGGAUUAUUCCUCAACCAGGAGCUAUGUUGGUUCUCUUUGUGAUCAGUCUGGCCUUGUUGUCUGUCGCAGGUGUGUCGUUGGAGGUGUUUCGUGCCGGCGUGGCCCCCCGCUGCGACAGCCGGGCCUGCAACCCCCGCAUGGGGAACCUGGCCCUGGGCCGCCGGGUCCUGACGCAGACCGUCUGCGGCAACAACGGCACCGAGCUCUACUGCUCCUACUCGGACCCCGACGCCAACCGGGCCUGCGGCGCCGCCAAAUGCGCCAAGUGCAACGCGGCGCUGCCUCACCUGUCCCACCUGGCCGGCGCCAUGUCCGACUCCUCCUUCCGCCACCCCAACACCUGGUGGCAGUCGGCCGAGGGCGCGGGGGCCGAGACGGUGCAGCUGGACCUGGAGACCGAGUUCUACUUCACGCACCUCAUCCUGGUGUUCCGCUCGCCGAGGCCCGCCGCCAUGACGCUGGAGCGCUCGCAGGACUACGGGCGCACGUGGCGGAUGCUGCAGUACUACGCCAGCAACUGCAGCCGGGUGGCGGCGGGCCGCGACGGGGCCGCGUGCACGGCCAAAUACUCGGGGGCGCUUCCCUGCCAGCGCGGAGAGGUGAUCUACCGAGCCCUCCCCAAGUGGGAGUCCCUGGAUCCGUUCGGCAUCGACGGCCAGCGGCAGCUGAAAGUCACCAACAUCCGAAUUCGGUUGCUGCAGCACCAGCCCUGUCCCUGCAGAGACAAGGAGCCCGCGUCCGCGCACGAAGCCCGUCUGACACAACACUUCGCCAUCUACGACCUGAUCGUGAAGGGAAGCUGCUUCUGUAACGGACACGCUGAGCAGUGCGUGCCUGCGCCGGGAUACCAGCCCAUCAGGGACCGCACCAACCACGUGGUCCAUGGGAAGUGUGUUUGCAGACACAACACUGCAGGUGAUCAUUGCGAGCGCUGUGCUCCGCUCUACCACGACCGGCCGUGGCAGCCUGCGGACGGACUGACGGGGGCGCCGCACGAGUGUCGCAAGUGCAAGUGCAACGGCCACGCCCACAGCUGCCGGUUCGACUGGGCGGCGUGGCGCGAGUCCGGCCAGCGGAGCGGAGGCGUGUGCGACUGCCUGCACAACACCGACGGACGCCAGUGCCAGAAGUGCAAAGCGGGCUUCUACAGGGACCCCCAGCGAGCACAUACAGCCCCCGACUCCUGCAAACCGUGUGACUGUCACCCCUCGGGCUCCAUGCCCUUUCACCUGGCCGACGGCUCGCCUUGCGACCCCUUCAAUGGAAACUGCAUCUGCAAACCUGGAGUGGGCGGAGCCCACUGCGACAGGUGCAUGGUGGGAUACUGGGGCUUCAACGAAUACGGCUGCCGUCCGUGUGACUGCGCAGGAGACUGUGACCCGUUUACUGGAGACUGUAUGUUUGGCUCUGACCUGGACCUGUACAACCUGGAGGGCAACUCCAGCGAUCCCGUCAGGAUCUUCAGAGCGGACGAGCUCUUCUCUGCCCUCCACUAUUCAGAGAAGUGUGAGUGCAAAGAGCAAAGCUUGACCAACAGUAAACUCUUCUGCACCAUGAACUAUGCUUUCGUGUUGAAGGUGAAGGUGCUGUCGGCCCAUGAUAAGGGCUCUCAUGCUGAGGUAGAGGUCAAAGUUCAGAAGGUGCUCAGUCAAAGCACCAAGGUGAAGAUACAGCGAGGUCACGCCACCCUCUACCCAGAGUCCUGGACGGCCCGGGGGUGCACCUGCCCCAUCCUGAAUCCAGGAGUGGAGUACCUAGUGGCAGGACAUACGGACCGGAAGCAGGGCCGCUUCCUGGUCAACAUGAAGAGCUUUGUCAAGCCCUGGAAGGCCAGCCUGGGCCGCAAAGUGGUCACGCUGCUGAAGAAAGACUGCAACUGGUAGACGGACGGUUCAAACCCACGCGCGCGGCCCGGAGAGACUGAUUUCAACAAAACAAAGCCGUGGAUUUGUUUUUCGCAGCCUCCGGAUGCGGAUUAUUGAAACGCACAGGAUUUGGAGAGAGGACAGGCCGCGGACACGCCUCCGCUUCGUUACCGUCGUCCAAUGAGAACACAAAGCUAGCGGUGGAAUGCACAAGCUCCGAGCACGGGCGACAUAACCUUUUUGGGACUUAUCUGUCUUGCCUCUGAGCAAACGCUCAUUCUUGCAUUCUUGCGUAGGACUCAAGCAAAUUUCCUUUGCUGUUGAGGCUCAGGAAACGGAGGAUACGAGCGAGAGGCGUUCACUUCAGCGGCUGAUGCCCCUCGGACACACUGCUCUUCUUCUCUGCAGCACUUUAGCCUAGGAGGCUGAUCAAAUACACAACCUAGAGGACUCGCACUCUCACAGACGCAGCCAUGUGUGAGAGCGACGCUGAACAAGCCAUGCAAGCCACUACAGGUGGUUUGAUCCUCGCCAGUCCAGGUGUGCCUGUGUUGAAAUCAGAAUGAAUGGGAUUUACCCAAACGUGAAUGUAUUCCUCUGUUUGUGUGAACGAGCGUGAGACGCUGCACUAUGUUGAGCACAGUCCAGAUUCAGCCCUGCUCCCAAUGCUAUCCACUGGUUUCAGUUAUUAUUCCAUUCUUUGAGCUGUACAGUAUUAUGUGUAUAUAUAUCUAUAUAAUGUUAAUGUUACGGUAAUAUUAAAGGAAAUCUCAGAUUGCA